AUGGAGCCGCCGCGCCGCUUGGCGCUGGAGCUGCCGGGCUGCGCGCUGGCCCACUUCGCGGUGGGCGGCCCCGACCCGGGCUUGCGCCCCGAGCCCCGCGCGGCCGCGCUCCUGGGCCCCGGCGGCCGCGGCUACCUGCUGUGCGCGGGGCUGGCGCCGGGCGGGGGCUGCGCGGCCCGGGUGCGCGCGGCGCGGCUGCUCCAGCGGCUGCUGCUCGGGCUGCGCCGGGGCCCCCUGCGGGGCUGCCAGCUGCGCCCGCUGCUGUGCUACGGCCCCGGCGGCGGCGCGGACGGCGUGCAGCGCGGCUUCCUGCUGCUCGACCCCGGCCACGGCCCCGACACGCGGCGCGCGCUCUGCGCCCUGCUGGGCGAGGCCCCGGGGGGCCCGCGGCUCGGCGAGUUCGUGGGCGACGCGCGCCGGCAGGUGUGGCAGCGCCUGUGGGAGCCGCGCGGCGGCGAGGGCUGGCGGCAGGUGGGCCCCUGCGAGCGCGUCGUGUCGGUGCCCGAGCCCGCCCUGCACCCGGUGCUGCCCGACCUGCCCAGCUCCGCCGUCUUCCCGCACCGCCGGGCCGCCCGCGCCGUCUUGGAGGCGUGUGUCCCCUUCAUUCCUGAAGCUCAAGCAGUGCUCGACCUGGUUGACCAGUGCCCGGAGCAGGUCCAGAAGGGGAAGUUCCCGGUCAUUGUCAUCGAAGGACUGGAUGCCACUGGUAAAACCACUGUGACCCAGUCCGUCUCAGACUCCCUCAAGGCUGCCCUCUUAAAGUCGCCGCCCGCUUGCAUUAGCCAGUGGAGGAAGAUCUUUGACGAUGAACCAACUAUUAUUAGAAGAGCUUUUUACUCUUUGGGCAAUUAUAUCGUAGCUUCUGAAAUAGCUAAAGAAUCUACCAAAUCUCCUGUGAUUGUAGACAGGUACUGGCACAGCACAGCCACCUACGCCAUAGCCACCGAGGUGACGGGGGGGCUCCAGCACCUGCCCCCGGCCCAUCAUUCUAUAUACCAGUGGCCCAGGGACCUGCUCAAACCCGACCUGGUUCUGCUGCUCACAGUGAGUCCCGAGGAGAGGAUGCGUAGGAUUCAGGGCCGGGGCAUGGAGAGGACCAGAGAAGAAACUGAACUGGAGGCCAACAGCAUCUUCCGUCAGAAGGUAGAAAUGUCCUAUCAGCGGAUGGAGAACCCUGGUUGCCUCUUGGUGGAUGCCAGCCCCUCCAGAGAGGAAGUCCUCCAGAUGGUUUUAAGCAUAAUCCAAAAUAAUUGUAAUUAAUUGUAAUUACUCCAAACGUAAUUAUACAUUUUGCUGGAUUUGAUGUUGAUGGAUACAUUCAGGCCCACGACUGGUUACACGGUCUUCCCAGAUGGCUGUUGCAUACACAUGGUGUGCACUAGAAGAUUGGAGACCGGGCAUUUCGAUUUUACUUGAAUGACCGUCCUCCCUUCUGACCAAGGGACCCAUCAAGGCUGAGACUGUCGCAUUCCAGCCAGGGAUCAGCGAUUGCUUCCUUCCACUGUAAUAUUUUCCUGGGGAUUCCUACGAAAUCCCUCCAAGUUUUGUCUCAUCCAGAAAGGAUGUACCAGGACGUACACAGAAGUGACCAGGAAGAUGUUCCAAGUCACCGGGAGCCCCGUCAGCCUCUCCCGUGCCUACACCUGGGUCCCUAAUGAGAUCUCCAUGUGACACAGUUUCCUUCUUCCCAAUAUGAUCACACUCCAUCCCUGGGGACUCAGCCCUGAUCCUAGAGCCAUGUGCUCCGGAAGAAAAGGUCCGUGUGUCCUGGCUGCCUGGGGACACGCCCACAGAGCCAUCUUCGGGUAGGCGGCACUUACGAAGAAGACAUAUGACUUGUGCCCUCCGACCCCUGAGACGGUCCUCUUGGUUAGCACUUCAGAGUCAAAUGUAGAGACUGCCAGCCUGAGAUGCUCUAACUACAAAUAUACUAACCUUUGAAUUUUGUUCCGUUUGCUUAUGUUUCUUUCCUUUCCUCUGAAAAACACGGCUUUGGAUAUGAUGAGUGUUUUGGACUGAACUGGAUGCAUUAAACUAAGCCAAUCGAGCAAUAUAGUUAUAUUGAUAUUUACACCAUGUUUCUCCUCAGUGUGGGGGCUCUGCUUCACUAAUUAAAAUUGAAGCCAAGAAGCUAAAUGCAGUGCUUGUUGUGUAUUUUCAUGACACAGAUUUAAUUUAUCUUACUCAAUAAGCAUAGUGGAUCCUGGAAUGGGAUUUCUUAGAAAAUUAUCUUGCACUUGAAUGUCUCAUGCUUGCACAUGAAAUCGGCGUUGAGAUCUGUGUGCCUAGGGGGGAAAAAAGCUGAGGAAAGAGGAAAUUUGAUAACUAUGCAGCCUUGGGUGAGUCACUUAACAUCACCAGUCCAUGUAACUUGAUCUAAAAAGUGAUGAUGAUUCUUUAUCUGUCCUAAGGAGUUUGCUGAACCAGGUGAUUAUCUGCAAUUCCUUCCAGGUCUCAGGUGAAGUUUGCAGGUUAGAUGUCCAACGCCCCCCCCCCGCCAGCAGAUAAUUACAUUCCAGGCCUUAUCAGAUUUAUCCUAUAGAAUCUUAAAUUAUAGUAAAGUUUAGUAUUAAUAACUAUAUCAAUACCGUUUUCCCAAAGAAUGAUAGGUAAUUUUUACAUGAUAUAUUUAUGUGUAUAAAUAUGUAAUUGGUUUCCGUCGCAAAUAUUUUUUAAAGCACUAGGUUUCUGAGAGAUGUGAUAUCUAAUUAUGUUCUUGGUCUUCUGUGCUUGGAACAGUUUGAAAAGCCAACGUCGGCAGCCUAGAAGAACAAAGAUCUUCUGCCUUCCUUCUGUACCUUGCAAAUGAAUAAAGUUGCUGUGAUUUUGUGAUG